AUGGCUGACUCGAAAGCUCCUGCAGACAAGAAACCUCUCAGCGAGGGCGCUGCGGGCAGUGGCGCAACGCGCGGGGGGCACAGAAGACCUGGCUCACAAGGUGGCGGUCGCGGCGGUGCUUCAAACACCGGCCUCAACAGCAGUACCAAUGGUGCUUCUCACGCUGGCACAAAUGCUCCUCGUCGAGGUGGUUCUGGUGGUCGCGGGGGUGCCGCGAGUGGUGGCGGAGCUCAGAGAGGUGGUGGUGCACACAGGUCUCAACAAGGGCGACGUGAUGGGGUACCUAGCAACGGCCAGCUGCAAAGCUCGUCCGAUCCGAGCCUUGCCAUGAAUAACCUUCAGCAUCUUAUCGAGGUGAGCAGUCGCCACGUCAUUGCUUUUCUCUCAGCAAGGGUACAGCUGACCAUGUCUUCUCAAUCGGCACUUCAGGACAUGAAGGCCAGCUCAGCGCCCAAUGCCGCAGCUGUCCCUGCCGCUGGAGCCGCUGCCGGCGAGGCGGAUGCGCAGGCUCAGCUCGCCUCCAUGGGUGCUCGUCUGGCCCAACAAGAAGAGCAGCUGCAAGCUCAACUCGCUGCUCAGCUCGGCCGCUCCAAUGAUUCGAAACCGUUCAGUCGUGGAGGUCCCUUGCCAUCCCUAGGCGAAGAUGUCGAGGCGCCUUCGCCUCCCAGCUUGCCGCUCAAUCCGUCUCAUCAUCGCCAGGGCGGACCGCGCUUUGCCGGCAAUGUAGCGUUCCAGAGUGCUCUUGCACGCCAUGGAGGGGGCCAGACCAGUAAUGCGCAUUCCAGACAAUUGAGCCUCCAAGCUCGCUUCGCCGAGAUGGGCAUGGGCAGCGGAAACUAUGAUGCGGAGGACGCAACUGAUGACGGCAGCUCAAUCGCUGACUACAUGGGCGGAGGGGCUUUUGAUCCUACGCGGCAUCACGAUAAUGGGCAUCGCAGAACCGGCAGCGAGAUGCCGCUCAGCAGUGCAGCUCGAGCAGGUCACUUGCAAAGCGCAAGCUUUGGUGGUGGCAGUCCGAUCGGAGCUCCUGGUGGGGGUCUGCUCGCAGAACAGCUGGCAUUGCAGCAACAGAUCGAGGUGAGCCCUACGCCCGCAUACAUCGCAAGCAGCACUCCUGACCGCAACGUCGCUUCACAGAUGCUGCAAUUGCAGCAGCAGGCGCUCCUGCAGCAACAAGUCCAUUUCAAUCCUUCCAGCGCUCUAGGCGGCCAACCAACUUCUCCAGUGGGACCGCCAUCAGGUGCUCGAGGAGGUCAACAUAGGCGCAUUCAGAGCCACGCCCCGCAGACUGGUCCGAUGGGAAGUUUUUCGACAGGCAACACCUUCGGCCUCAGUGGCGCUUUCAACCCUCAGCCUCAUCAACAACUUCAGCAACAGGGUGGUGGCAAUGUGCCUAGAGGCCACGGUCGCAGACACUCGGUCAACAUCGUGAACAAGAAUGCUCAAGCUGCCCAAAGCCAACAGCAGCAAUUAGGCGGUUCUGUCGAUGUGCCAGCACCGACGAUGAACGCGACGAUGGACUUUUCAUUCCCUCCUCAACAGCAAGCGCAGCAAAGCAUGCCUCAACCCAGUCCAUACCAGCCUUCUACGAGGACUGGCCAUUUCAGUCAUCCCUCAGUCCAGCUGGCGUCAACUCUCUCUCCUGAGUAUCUGAUGGCCGGCGGUGGCUUGCUCAAUCUGGGCAGCCUCGGGGGAGGCAACAAUAUGACGGAUCUUGCAGAUGGAUUCGCUGGACAGGGCGGUGGCGCUAGUGGUCGAGGCGGUCAUGGUCGCACUGGGAGCGCAAGUUGGCGCAUCAAUGGCCCUGCGCCGGGCGCUGGUCAGGUCAUGGACCUGACCGCUGCACAAGCUCAGCUGGCCUCUUUACACCAAUUUAGGGCACAAUCAGGUGCCACCAGUGGCGGAGCACAUAAUCGCAACACCUCUUUUGGCGGCGGCUUCAACCCGGCCAUGUUGCCUGGCCUCGCUGGCGGUCAAUUUGGUUACGUGCCAGGGAUGCCACCUCAGCCACAGGGAGGCAACGCGGCCUCGCAGCGCAAGGCACUUUUCGGUUCGUACCUGCCUCAAGCAUCUCUGCCGCCUCUGCUCGCUGCAGGCAAGCUCGUAGUCGGUAUUUUGCGUGUGAACAAGCGCAACAGGUCGGACGCCUGGGUAACCACCGAGGUGCUCGACUCGGAUAUCUUCAUCUCCGGCUCCAAGGAUCGGAACCGUGCACUCGAGGGCGAUCUCGUCGCCGUCGAAUUGCUGGAUCCAAACGAGGUCUGGAGCAUCAAGAAGGACAAGGAAGACAAGAAGAAGCGCAAGGAAGAACAAGGCAAUGUCGUUGCGCGCAAGCCAGACAAGGCCAAAGACGAUCUCGAAGUUGAGGGUGCCCAACUCAAGCUUAUUGACGACGAAGAGGAGAAUGACCAGAGUCCACCGGCUCUGGCUGGUCAUGUUGUUGCCAUCGUGGAGCGAACGCCUGGACAGCUUUUCAGUGGCACGCUUGGUCUCUUGCGACCCUCGUCCGCUGCAACGAAGGAGAAGCAACAAGCCGAACGAGCCUUGCGAGAGGGCGGCGAUGGCACUCAAGGUCAAGAGCCGCAGGCGAGGCCUAAGAUCGUCUGGUUCCGACCCACAGACAAGCGCGUGCCACUGAUCGCCAUUCCAGCUGACCAAGCUCCGGCAGAUUUCUGGGAAGAAGGAGGUCAGGAAAGCUACAACAAUCGUCUCUUUGUCGCUUGCAUCAAGCGCUGGCCUAUCACGUCUCUCCAUCCCUUUGGCACGCUUGUCGAAGAGCUUGGAGUCAUCGGCAACACGGAAGCCGAGACACAGGCCUUGCUCAAGGACUGCUUGAGCUCUGCAACCGAAGACUUUGGCGAAAAUGCCCUCAAAUGCUUGCCGCCGCUGCCCUGGUCAAUCCCUGAACGCGAACACGAUGUGCGCAGAGACUUCCGUUCCACAAGAGUCUUCACGAUCGAUCCCGCCACCGCCAAAGACCUUGAUGACGCCCUCAGCAUCACCAGACUUGAAGGUGGCCUGUUCGAAGUGGGUGUGCACAUUGCGGACGUUUCACACUUUGUCAAGAUUGGCAGUGCUCUCGACCGCGACGCUCGCAAGCGUGCGACCUCAGUAUAUCUGGUUCAAAGAGCCAUUCCGAUGCUUCCUCCGACCCUGAGCGAAGAGCUCUGCUCCCUGGUGCCAAAUGUCGAGCGAUUGACCUUUAGCGCCGUCUUCACGAUGAACAAAGACGCCCGGGUCAUUGGCAGCUGGUUCGGCCGCACGAUGAUCAAGUCUUGCGCUAAGCUGGCUUAUGGUGAUGCUCAGCAGGUGAUCGAAGGCGUGGAUGCUAAAGAAGCUAUUCCUCUCGAGAAGGUCGACGCCAACUCUUCACACUCGCAGACGGACAUUGCAGGCGACAUCCUUUUGUUGCAUGAAUUUGCCAAAAAAAUGCGUGCUCGGCGCUUUGAGGGUGGCGCUUUGCGCAUAGACAACACUCGUCUCAGCUUCCGCCUCGAUGAUCUUGGUCAGCCCACCGACGCGAUCCCGCACAAACUCGCAGAGGCGAAUCGCAUUGUUGAAGAGUUCAUGCUGUUGGCGAAUACGUCCGUGGCGCAACAAAUCGCAGCUGGGUUGCCCGAUGUCGCCCUUCUGCGCCGUCACGAGCGUCCCAUCCUUCGACGGUUGGAAGGCUUCAAGGCUCGCGCUGCCCAAAUGGGAUUCGACGUUGAUAUCUCGAGCGCCGGUGCGCUUUACAAGAGCUUGUCCUCGAUCAAAGAUGUGGGUCAAAGAGCGGCCCUCGAGACGCUUGCCACAAAGUCCAUGCACAAGGCCAAGUACUUCUCCACCGGCAUGGUCGACAUUGCCAAGUACGCGCACUUUGCGCUCAAUGUGCCAGUCUACACGCACUUCACAAGUCCUAUUCGUCGAUACGCAGACGUGAUGGUCCAUCGACAGCUCGAAGCCGUCCUGCAAGGCACCGACAAGUUCCCGGUGGAUCGUGAAGGUAUGGCCAAGAUCGCGCAGCAAUGCAACGUCAAACGUGACGCUGCAAAACUUGCACAGGAGCAGUCAGCCCACUUGUUCUUGUGCUUGCUCAUUCACGACCUCACUGUACGCUAUGGUCCAGUCGUACGACAGGCCACAGUCAUUGGAGUGCUCGACGCCGCUUUCGAUGUGGUGGUCCCCGAGUUUGGUCUCGAGAAGCGCGUGCAUACGGAUGCGAUACCGCUCGAGCACUACCAGUACGACGAGCACACGAAUAGUCUUUCACUCUACUGGAAGCAGGAUAUCGACGUCCUCUCAUAUCUGGCAGAAACGGGCGACGAUGUCCAUGUUCAAGGCCUGCGGCGUCUCGAAUUGGCAAGGGCAAUGGAAAUGACUUCUCAGAGUCACACCGACGAAGCGGCGCUGUUCGAUGACGAGGAUGACGAAGCUUUGGCAGAAGCAAAGCGCAAAGUCUUCAGCGGUGAAGACGCGAAGGGCAGCACUCAACGCAUGCGCUCUUUCCAAAAGCAAGAGCUCACGUUCGACAAUACUACUGUGACCAAUGGUCACCACAUCAUGACGGUGAAGAGCCUUGCCACGCUCCCCGUCAUCAUCACCGCCGACAUCACAAGAUCGCCACCUGUCCUCAAGGUGUUCUCUGUCAACCCUUGGGCGCAAUCGAGCGCUCGCACGCCUGCUGCCUGA